AUUGUUGGUGUUAAGAGCUUAAAAUAUUUAAUAAUGCACUGUUGUGUGUUGAAUAAAUGAAUGUGUGUAGUUAUGCUUCCUAUAAUAUUAAAAUAAACAGUAAAAAAAUUGGAAACCACUGGUGUUAUUUUCAGGUCAUUGUUUUGUUUGCGUCACUUAAUGAGGUAGCUACCCACUGCGCAUGUGCAUAAUCAUGGGCAAUCAGCUAGCAGGUGUUCGUGGUAAGUUUAUUUAAACCCCACGGUUUUUUUCGCUGCCUCGUUGUUUAUGUGUGCAGAGAAAAACUAAACUUGCAAUGCAUUUAAAAAAUCGCGGAAACUACGUUGGUUUCCUUCUAAUUUACACCAUCACAAUAACAACUCUACCCUUAGGGAGCUGGAGCUGGACGACCAGAGCCAACGGGAAACUGCAACAGCUCGACUCAAGACGGCCAAGAGAGUCGAAAAAUCCCCCAAACUGGGAUAAACUCCACAACAGCCGUAAAGAGACAGAAACUUCGACUAAAACUCCACCGACAAACUGCACCGAGGGGGAAAUUUGGGCUGUUAUCCACGGAAAGUUUACCAUUGUUGGUCUACUUGAAUCUAACACUCCACAUGCAGGAUUCCAGUCAGAUUCUGCUGUUUCAGGUAAGUGAGAGGGCAGUCCCAAAUACCAAAAUAAAGGAUGAGAAGUCUUAGUUAUUGUAGUAGGGAACUGGACUCUAAAUUUGUGCUCUUGAUAAGGUCGACUGCACAAACAUUUCAUGAACACACACACUAAAAUGAAUUCUUAAAAGACAACAAUUUCUCAGAAACAGGUUUUUGAUGAAACUCUUUACGCUUUGCAGCAACAUUUAGUGACAGGAAAACUCAUAAAAUCAUUUUUCUUUUUUCUUUUUUCUUUUUUUUACACUUAAAAAACAGAUUUUGUCCCCUGUGAUGUGUUCUUGGUGUUUCGGGAAUAUUUUUGUUUGAUGAAACAUUAUUGUGUUUUGACUAAUUAUUUUACUUUUUCCACUUCAUUUUGUUUUCCUGUUAAUGAAAUAUUAUUUUAUUUGGAAAGUUUAACUCAGCGCACAACAUAUGCUAUCACAGAUUUCCCCCCUCAGAUAAUGAAAAUAAAAUGUUUUAAGGGUAAAAAUACGAGUUUGUGUAUGUAUGUAUUUGACUGUACAUGAUGCUAUGUCCACAUAAGAGGCUACUGUCUGUUCACUUGGGGUUGUAAUGAGUCAAAAAACAAAGACUUUUAAAAUGUAUAAUGUUCACUUCUCAUAGCAUGAUUAUUUAAAGAAAAUGGACAUGAAUUUUAAUUAUUUUAUUAUUAUUAUUAUUAUUAUUUUAAAUGAAUGUGCAGUAGAAGUUGAAGUAGGUCUUUCAACAGUAUGCCAUUCUUAAGCAGCGGUUAUGAAUACAUUGAUGUCUAUGAGGGUUUUUUGGAGAUUUAACUGCACACUGGCUUGGCUUAGAUGAACAUGUGGUUCAUGAUUACAUGAUUGAAAAUAUGAGAAUAUUUAGUAUUAGAAAUUAAAUAUCAAACAGCAUUUUAGCUUUAAUUUUACCUGCUGUUUAUGAAUUUAUUUGAGAGAUCCAAAAGGAAUUUUGUUUUGCCUCUGUUGCAGAAUUACCAGCAAUUAAUCAGGGAGUAGCUCACAGCUGAAUCCAGCUUCAUCUUUAAGUAGUGUGAAGGCGUGACCAUCAUACUUCGGCUUCUGUCAAAUAUAUAGAAAGUAAGACUUUAGUGGAUCAUAUUGGGAUUUAUUGUGCAGCCUUGGCACGGACAGCCUUUUUCGAAAAGGGGUCCUUUUUAAAAAACUAUCAGAGGUCAAAGAUUUAGGACAAAGAGAGCAGACACUGUAUUCGCUAAGCUGUGAGGUGGUUUGUUUUUGUUCAGCCCAGUCCAAGGAUGGCCAGCGAGGGGUCAAAGGUCAACAGCACAGUGACUCAGAGGAGAGCUGGCAGAGGUUGCAGCCUGUGGUGGAGUGUGGAGACAAAGCCAUGACCCUGACUGUAAGGAGGAGACGAGCUGUUCAACUGCUGCUGGACAGAGGUAUGUUUUCAGCUCCUCAUUUACCACAAAUACUUGAGUUCAUGUCUGGUACAGUGCACUGAGUUAGUAUUGUGUGAUUAGUGUUAUUUCUGAGAUGAAAGUAAAUUUAGCAGUGGUUCCAAGUCAACUUCUUCAACAUAUCUUAUCUUAAUAAAGGUUAACAGCCUUGGUUCAGAGAGACCACAAAGUGAGGCUCACAGAACAUCAGCGCACCCUGAUGCCAGCUCAGCUACUUACCUUAUACACAUCACUCUGUCUUCUUCCUCUGCAAACCACAUUUCAACUCACCUCCACCCCAGCUCUGCCAUUUUAUGCUGUCUGACUUUACCAGUGUAACAUGUUUUACUGAUGGCCUGUUGUGUGUUUGUACCCUAGGGGUUUUUGCUGCUGGUCUCCCUGCCUCAGUCUCUGGCAUUUCUCAUACAGAUGUGGAAGGACAGGGAGCCUUUAAAACAGACAUCCCUCCAUAUAUGACUCAGUGUGUGAAAUAAAACCCCGAUGACUAAAGUGGUCCUGACAGAAAAAUGUUUUUUCUUUGUGUCUCUUCCUUUCUCAGAGAAUAAGUCGUCCCUACCUUUGUCCCAGCUGUCCCCUGAGUGUGGUUACUCAGUGCUGUCCACAUGGAAAGACCUCAGUCUGGUGGCUCAUUAUGAUGCCUGCCAUGUUACACAAGAGGUAAAAUACACAAUUUAUGCACAUAUUUUCUUGUAUCAGAUACUUCUGUACUGUAAUGUAGUCAUCUAUUACUGCAGACCUGGACUGGUUAGACUUGUAGUUUACAGUAGUGGAAAAAAAGUUGAUAUACUGCAUUAAGACUUUCUCUAAAGUCUCUAAGUGCAAUUUCUUUUAGUACAGUCACAGCCAAAGCACUUAACACAUCAGGAAAAGAUGUUAAAACUUAAAACAACUUAAAUAUAUAAGAUAAAAUUGAGGAUUAAGUCAUUUUGGUACCCCUGAUCAACUAAUUACUAAGGCCAUGUGUUUUAUUGAAGAUAAAAAUUUUGAAGAAUGUGGUGGAUUAUCAAAAGUCGCUUUCAAAGCGUAAACCAAAGAAUUUGGAAGAAUUAAAGGAAGUAAUUCUAGAAAAAUGGGACAAUUUUUCCUCCUAGUAGUGUGAAAGGUUCAUGGAGAACAUGCCAGCUAGGGUUAGAGCUCUACUGUGUGCUAAUGGCAGGACUACAAAACGUUAAUUUGAUGAUUUGAUGGUUUUUUUGUUUGUUGUUGUUUUUUCAGUUUUGAGCACAUUCUGUUGACUGUGAUACCGACAAUGUUGAGAACUGACAUGUUGAAACUUUAAAGGAUUUUACUUUUUUACACAAAAAAAGCAUUUGUUUGCGUCUGACUGAUGCAGCUACACCUGUUGAAACACACAAAAAAAAAUUUCUGCAAGUAUUUCCUGAAAACAUUUGAGAUUGUAUAAAACUUUAAGGGUGUCCAAAAACUAUUUUUCCUCUACUUUAAUUUUCUGUUGGCAAAUUGAUCCACUAAAAAUGUAUUAAUUGUACAUCUGCAUGUAUGGGGCAUUGCUGUGGAUGUGUAGGUGAGUUUUAAGGGAGAUUUUAUACUCAAAGUGAGACAGGUGAGUACAGUAAUUGCAGGAUAAGUUUAUAUUUACACUCUGUCAUCAUUUACGACGGACAAGUACCCUAAACAAUCUUUCUUAAAAGAGACUUUAAAAGGGAAGUGUACUGUCUUGAGGUUGUAUUCUUCUUGGAUGUGAAAUCUCUUGUAAAAAUGUAAAACUUGUGUUCAGGAUGACCACUAUGUCUUGCCUCUGCUUUGGAGGGGGACUCCAGUCAGGGUGUCAUGCCCCACCUCUCAGAUGGAGCCUCAGGCUGCAGGUCCUUCCUCCCCCUGCUGCUCCCCGUACGGUCUGACUGUCAAAGUGCAGGGACUGCCUGACGCAGAGGAGCUGAGGGUAAAUGGUAAAACUCACUUUGACUUUUUAUUCUACCAUCAUCAUUUUAAUGAUGCGCCACCUCUGCCUGCCUUAACAUGACUUCCUCUCUUUCAGUCAGAGGAGAGUGGACCCCUUUGGAAGCAUUAGCUGAGCAGUGUGGCUACACUGUGGACAGAGGAGAUGCAGAGAUUAUCUUCACUGCUCCAUAUAUUGCAUGUGGCAUCACUGUAAAGGUACACUUCAUUAACUGUACCAUUUAAAACUUUGAUUUUAAGAAUAUAACAUAGGGCUGUGUACUGAAUUGUAGCCAUAAGAUUACUAUUAGACACCAGCUCUGAAUGGCAUAAAAAAAACUGAAUUUACAAUCAAUAAAACAAAAAAACAAACUCCAAAAAUGUAAUAAUAAUUUCUGAAGUAGUAAGUUUAAUUUUUUUAUACAGUUUACACUGAGAGACACUAAGAUAGUCAUUUAGCAGUGUCACUAGACAUAUGGGGCUGAGGAGAUGUCCAAACAUUUCACUGUACGAUUAAUUUGUUGUUAUAAAGUUUACGCCAUUCUGUAAAUAUCCCCUGAGUCAUCAAAAACCCCCAACUCUAUUUUCAUCACUCUUUCCACAUUUAUGCAAAGCCAGCAGCCAAGCAGCAGAGUCUUCCCUGUCUCUCAGGGAAGACUCCCUGAUCAACUUCUGGGAGACUGAUAGAUGUGGGUUCACUCAUUCAUUUUUCUUUCGGGGUGACCACUUAUCCUCCUUCCCCUAAUAUGGUAGCAGUAUUUUUCAAUGUUUUUCUUGGACAUAAGACACAGUUUGGCUAAGUUUCCCUUCAUUUUUUUAAAAGUAACAGAGAAAUAUUUACUUUACUGUCUACUUAAACAACUAUCAAAGUCAGACAGCUGUGUUUAAUUUCAGUCAAAUAAUGUAUCUAGGUAAAUGUGCAUUAGCUAAAUUAAUAAACUUAAAGUAGGUCACUUGAUUAAUCACCGGAUUAAUGAUCAAUAGGGCACUUGAUUUCUAAUAUAUUAAGUUAAAACAUCCUUAAUAUUAAACUUAGGGGGUUUUAUUAAUCUGUCUACACAGCACAUUUAUCCCAAAUCUGCCAGGAGCUCAAAAAGUGUGAUCAUCAGUUAAAUUUUCAAUAUAUUUGCAUUUUACAUUGUUCGCAGUAUAUCUAAAUACUUAUUUCAUCCAGUUUUAUGCUUCAGUCUUAAACAGUCUUUUUUUUUCAGGGUGGCAAACACACACUUGCUCUACAAAUAAGAGAGAAGAUUUUCACUCUGACGUGUCCUGUCUUUGGCCCUGAAGAUCCUCCACUCACCAAUCAGCCUCCGAUAGACAGCUAUGCUCAACAAACGGAGCAUAAACCACAGUCCAAUGAGCCUCUCCCAUGGGCUCCACCUUUCUACCUGGCCCCACCUCACUACCCCCACCCUACCUAUCACCACACACAUCCUCCUCAUAAUACAAAACUACCUCCCACUCCCCAACCUCCUACCCCUGGUCCUGUGUUUGUCCCACGGGCUCACCCUCCUGUCCACGAUCAGACUUAUAACACCCAGCAGGAGGCUGAACAAGAUUAUUCCAGUCAUCUUGAUGCCCAAAUUUCCCCUCCAUCUUCAGACCAUGUGAAGGAUACGAGUAAAGAGCGUCAAGAUCUGCUAACAAAACCGGAGACACCGAAUUCUGCACAUUCUCCCGCCUCAGAAGCAGGAUUUCCCACUCAAGUCGAAGCGCCUCCACUCCAGCAGCUCAGCAAUGCCUUCGCUCAGUACUAUCACUACUACCAUCACCCCAAGAUCCCUCUUGAUGGUCCUGCCAAAGAUCCUGAUCCAGGUCCAAGGAUUCCAAAAGAACAGCCACCUCGCCCUGUUUCCCCAGAGUCUUUCCCCAGUGCCCAACCAUCUGAGGCUGCUCCUGAUCCUCACUCCCCUCCAGCGAGUCCUGGAUUCAGUCAUAAGACCUCCAGAUCUAUCAAUCCUCAUCCUCCACCACAUUACCCCCACCACUACUUCUAUUACUUUCCACAUACUGCAAGAGACGAGGCUGAAAGACCACCUCCUCCAGAUUCAAAAGAAGACGAUCAACACUCAAAAUCAAGCAGUUUUCUUCUUGAAAACUCAUCAGAGCACAACUUAAACCCUUACGCAGAGAAACCAAAGCCAGAUGAAGUGAAGAACGUUCACAGUAAAAGUGCAGAAAGGUUACAACUUCCAUUUUUAUCUGAUGAAGAAGAUGAUGGAGAAGUAGCAGAUGUAGCUGCUAACCCACGAAGUUUCCCUCCUGAUCCAGAUCCAGUUCCUACUCCUGAACAACCCCCUCUCCCCUCUCCAGCUUCCAGCUAUCAUCACCCUCUUUACCCAUACUAUCUCCACCUUUACUACUACUAUUAUUACCUCCACCUCUAUCAGCAGUAUUUUGGAACCGGGAGUUUACCCAGCAAUCCCGACCAUGUCUCACCAACUCCAUCCAAACAAGCUCUAGACCCUUUGCAUCAAACUUCCUUCACUCCACCAGAGCAUCCAUCCAGUCAGACCUCUACUCCACCUACAAAACCAAAGGAUGAUUCCCACGAUCCCCACCUACAUCCCUAUUACCACUCCGACUUCCACUAUCAUCCUGUAGAGUCUGUAGACAACCAAGAACCACAUCCUGCAGAAAGAUCCUCCUCUGAAUCAGAAUCUUACCCUCCCUCACAUACUGACGACAUCGAGAGGGAUCCAUGGCUUCCUACUGCAGAGGAAGGAUAUCCCAGCAUGCCUCUGCAACUGCAAAGCCUUUAUUCCUAUUAUAUGACUCAGCAACAUCCAAAUGAUCCUUUGGAGCAUCCUGAUGGAGAAGAAGAGAAGCAAGUCGACAGUGAAAUGGAAGGUAAAGGUUGACAAUGAGAAUAAUUGUGAGAUGUAAACUUUUGUGUAGUGCUUAAAGUCUGCACAGGGGGACAGAACAUGUUUGGUUUUAGACAAGCAUGAGGCUCAGUGUUGAAAACUGAAGAUGAGUUCAAGUGCAAAAAGCUGCAACUCCUCGAGGGCCUGUUUAUGUCCUGUCUCAAAAAUGUUUUUUUGGGGGGGGGACUCAAUAGCACAAUUCAGUAUUUGUCUGCACUGCACAGGACUUCCAUUUUUUUUACAGUGCAUCUGUCAGAUAAAAAGUGUGUGGACACAUUUGUGUAACUCGGCUUGUAGCAGAGUUGACAAGUUUGUUGUACUUGUAUGCCAGAAGGGUAGAUUCCUGCCUUGGCCUCUCCUCUUUGUUUGUGUUCCAAGUCAGUCAAGGUUGAAUCAGCAUUUACAAACUGCCAUCUUUGGGUUUAACAAUGCUUCUGUAAAAACAAACAACCUGAUGGUGCAACAGAGUGUUCCAAGCAAUGCAACCCAUUGUUUUUUUUAUUAUUUUUGUCCCCCUUUUCAAAUUGUAACAUCAUGGUUAAAAUUAUUUUGAUUUUAUUUAUUCCACUUUUUUGAGCCAGAAUUUGCUCAAUUUUGAUGACAGUGUUGUUUGGAAAUGUUACACAUCUGUUCUUAAUAAUUCAAUCAAUCCAUCAGGAAUGAUAAAACGACUUGUUUAGUUGCAAGUUUUUGAUGUGCAAACCUAUAGCAGCUGAGCUUGAGCCAGUCAACUUUUAACUAAUUCACAAAGAAAAGCAUCAAGCCAUUCAAAAAGAAAAAAGAAAAGGUUUCUUCCUCCUUAACACACUAAUCUCACUACAGGAGAAGUGCUGAAAAAUAAAGGCUAAGCCCCCUGUACUGCUGUGGGGGACUUGAUAAGUCACAGACAGGCUGGCACUGUCCAAAGACAAAUAUGUAAAUGGACUCUACUAAUUAACUACUGCAACUACAGUCUUAAAAUGUUUCCCUCUCAGUCACAGGCCUCUUGACUGAUCUCGGCUGAUGAGUCACUGUUGUUGUGACUUGUCAAUCACAGGAAGUCACAAUUAAAUAAAAAAAAAAAAAAUCCCUGCAAGCAUAAUUCACAAAAUGACUACCAUCCUAAAUUUGAGAAGGCUCAAAUUUGGUGAUGGAGAUAAUAAAACUGUUGUAAAAAGGUUUUCUGAAGUAAAAUAUCAGCCAAGAGAGGAACUUUCCCUUCUUUAUACUGUUCAGCUUGUUCACACGCCCCCUACUGGCUGUUUGAAACAUUGUAGAUUAGAAGGCAUUAAUACUUUGGCUGAUUUUGCUACCAAGCAUACGCUCUUAAAACACAGAAUCAAUCAAUCAGUCAAUCAGACUUUAUUUAUAAAGCUCUUUUCACACAACAAUAUUACAAUGCAAAAUUCUGUACAUAAAAUGAAAAGGUAACAAGGUCAAAUUUUGGCCUGCUCUUGCCAUGCCAAAAUCCAGCUCUAAGUCUUUGUUGAAACUGUCUAAACCUCUGAAUACAACAUAUUCUGUUAUAUCUCCUGCUGUUGAAUAGAUCUCUUCCGGUAAAACAAGCUCUCCUCUUUGUGUUCUCACUGCCUGUGUUCAGACCAGCUCAAGGCCGACCUGUACACUCCCUUUGCCUCACCCUGCUGCCUUGGCUGUGUGUCAGAUAUCGACUGCAGCACCUUCCCGGGCUGCUGUUUGUACUUAGUAGAAGGUGAGUCUCUGCCAAAACAAAUCCUGUCAACACAUGUCAGACAAAAAUGAAUCGACAAUUGGUUAAAAGCGGCUGAUUGAUGUACGGCUUUCAGGCUUAGACGCCCACACCCAAACCCUGAAGAACUAAAGAAAUCUGUCAUCUUUGUCUCCUUUGAAUAGGCCUGAUCAGAUGGAUUUUAGACACUUUUAAACAUUGUGUUUCUGUGUUUGAGCUCACAGGCUGCACAACGGGACAGCAUUUCAUCUUUGUGGUGCCUGACUCUGCAGUGGAGUCCACAGUGUCCUUCCCAGCUCAUCCCUCCGAGGUUAGUAAAGCUUACUUCUCACUGCAGAGGCUGACCUUUGACCCUGGCAUCCACAGUGUGUCCCUGGGUGGCUGCGGAGUAAAACAACAAGGAGAGCAGACUUGUAUUGAAUGUGGACCAAAAGGGCAGUGGGUUAUGACGCUGCUUUGACAAAGUUUUUAACCUUGAUCAGCGUUGGAUAAUCUCGUGAAGCUUUGACUGACCUUGUUAAUGUUUUUUUUCAGAGUCACCUUCAACAAAAAGCUUCAGACAGCUUUUAAUGUACUGUAAAAUUUCUCCUUUUUUAUCAGGUGUUUGAUCAGACAGAUUCUUAUCUGUUUGAAGAUCAUGGAGUCCACUCGUUUCAUCAAGACCCCACUUCUGUGCAGGAGAACUACACAGGUAUGGUGCUAAUGUGCUAUUUUUGAAAUGCUUGUUUAUUAUUUUCUCACAGUUGUAUUUAAAAUCAGUAUAAAAGAACACUUUGUAAAGCAUGUCAAAGUAAGACAAAGGUGUCGAUAUCUCAGCAGUUGAACAUGCCUCCAUUCACUCACUCUCUCCAACACAUCUUAUUAAGCAAAGGUGUUUCCCCUGCCUCCCCUAAUCUGUAACAGCAAACUUCAGAACUUCAGAUACAACAGGGAAGGUUGGGGAAACAACAUCAUAAAACAAGUAAACAAAAGUGAAACUGGUUGAUCACGGUUUCUGACUCCACCCUCUGUUCUGUCCUCUCAAUGAAGGCACAAAAAAUCCCCAAAGUAACCACAAGAAUAUCAAACAGGUGCAUCACUAACACUUAUUAACUUACUAACAAAUAUUUUUCAUUACUCAUUGAAAAAAUUAAGAUUGUGAUAUAUUCUGGUCUCAUUACAUGCAAACUAAAUCUUUCAGAGUGUAGUAAGGCGUACAGCUGAAAAAACAAACUUAUUACCCUAAAGAAGAUAUCUUAUUUUUGAGUUUGAAUUCCUUACUGUUUAAACAGAAUAAACUCCACCUAUACCGUAGUCUGCUUAGAGACUUGAAACCACAAUCAUAGAGAAGACAGCUGACUUGAUUGUCUAGAUGAUUAUUGACACCCUCUACAAAGAGAGUAAGCCACUGAAGGUCAGUGAUGAAAAGACCGGCUGUUCAGAGUGAAGAAUGUUAAUGGAAAGUUGGCUUGAAAGGAAGAAGAGUGGGAGGAAAAGGAGUCCAAACAACAGGGAUGACCGCAGCCUUGAGAGGAUUGUUGGGUAAUGUUGAUUCACAACCAUGGACGAGGUUCACAAGAAGAAGACUGAUGCUUGAGUCACAGCCUCAAGAGUUAUUGUGCACUGACGUGUCCAGGAAAUGGACCAUGAGUGUUGUGUUCCUACUUUCACAACACUCCUGAACCAGAGACACCAAAAGAGUCUGCCUGAACUAAGAAGAAGAAGAAGAAGAAGAAAAAGGGGACUGUUGCUUAGUGGCCCAAAGCCUUUUUCCCCAGAUGCAAGUGAAUGUAGCAUCUCAUUUGGCAGUAGAGGAGUCUGGAGGAAGAUCGGGGAGGCCCGGAAUCCAAGGUGUUUGAAGUUCAACAUAGUUUCCACAGUCUGUGAUGAUUUGAGGUGCCAUGUCAUCUGCUGCUGUCGGUCUACUGUGUUUUAUAAAGUCCAAAAUAAAUGCAGCUCAAAGUCUUCCAGGAGACUUUAGAGCACUUAAUGCUUCUGAUUACACUACCUUUCCCAGCAGGACUUGCACCUGCCCACAGCGUCAGACAACCAAAUGUUUUUUCUGACUAUAUUAUUUUGCUUGAUUGACCGACUACGUGAAUGUCAUGAGAGGAACAUGUCAAGAGGAAAAUGACAAACACCAGACUAGAAACUACAGACCAGCUGAAAGCAACCAGGGCCUCAAUCACACAUGAAGAAAGCCAUUACCUGAUCGCUCUAUUGCCAAGACACGAUGUAAUUCAUGGUAAAUGAGCCCCAAUAACUUAGGGUGACCAUAUUCUGACUUCCCGAAAUGAAAACACGACCACGCAGGGUAGGAGUCACAGAGUCGCACAAAGUUAAUUUUGAGAGUUUUUCAUGUUGGAUCGAGAGUCUCUUACGCGCUUCACUAAGUCCACGUGACACAAACUCGAAAUUUACGUACAAAACCACAGACAUUUGAAGGAUUUUAUAAACUUCCCUGGACUAACCCGGACAGCCCCGCAAAAAGGAGGGCAUGUCUGGGUAAAAGCGGACAUAUGGUCACCUUAAAUUACUUGAACGAAUGCAUUUAUCAGGAGAUGGACAUUUCUGGUUGAAAUCCUUUUUGAUUGGUUUUAGAAAAUAUUACAACAAUUUAAGAAACUGGAUUUCUGCUUUUAUGAGCUACAAACCAAAACCACCAAAAUUCAAGAGAAAGCUGGUUUAAAAUAUGCAGUUAUUAAUAACAAUUAUCACCCUUUUGAAUGAAAAUAUAGCCCAAAAACAUUCACAAUAUUCUAAUUUUUUCGAGCUGCAUCUGUGUCCGCUUGUGCAUGUGAGUGAGUGUGUGUGCACGUGUUAUGACAGUCUUUAAUCUUUUAAAAGCAUUGAGUUAAAAUAUUGUGAUUAAUAUACUUUGUUGUUAAGAGAGUGUGGCAGCUUUUUUUCCCCAAUUUGCUUAACUUCUUUAAUUUCUUUCCAGGUCCUGACAGUGAUGAUAAAUGAAAUAAAGAUAUUACACCACAGAUUUCUAGUUUAUCUCACAGAAAAAAAAAACAAGCACACAAGUUUCAAUGAACAGGAGAACAAAAAGUCUCCAUACAACAUUUAUUUUUAAAAAUUCUGACCUUUUAAAACAACAUAGUGCAAAGCUAUGGUUGGUUCUACAGAGUGCAGUGAAAAAGUCAUAAACAAGCAACUUAAGGCAACUUUUUCUGUCGAGACAGGAAACUAUGUGGGUUAGUUUGGUCACAGAAUCAUUGGGCAGGAAGUGAACAGUUGGGACUACAUGUGAAUUACAGGAAGGCAGCACCUUAAGACCCACAUAAAUGUUUAUACAAUCAGAAAGAGAAAAUCUGAGGAUACAAGAGCCUGCAGAUUAUCUUGUAAAGGAAGGUCCUCGACUUAUUUUGUGCCCACAAACAUAUUAUCUGCCUCAUAAGAUUUAUAAUAUAAAAUAAAAUGCUAUGUUCUCAAAACCCUAAAAACUUCUUUCAAACCAAACAUCAAACCUCAAGUUAAAGCUCUACACGUGAAUUUAGGGAGAAUAAUAAUCAAAUAAUGCUCACAGCUUCAACACAACCAGCGGUGCUGUGAGUAAUUUUUACAAGCAAGAGAAACAAAAUAAAAAAUAAAGCGUCUGUGUUUAAACUAGGGCUGUCAUACUUUUCCAAUUAGUAACAUGCAUAAAAAUAACGUGCAUAAAAAGUACCGCAGAGUAACUGCACUCUAAUGUUGUACAUCACUGAUUAUUAACAACUAUCCACAGCAUCUAAAGAACAUGUAACGAGUAUGAUUGGCUUUGAAUUCAGCCACUUUGAACCAUCUGACACCUACUUCACAUAUUGGCAGGUAUUUUUGAAAACAGAUUUUUUUCUUUUUGUUUCAAAAUAAAGACUAUCCACAUGACCGCAAAGAAACAGUGGAAAAAAAACAAAACAUUUUAGAGUAAGGAUGUCAGACCAGUAAGUGGUGACAACGUGAUCAGUUAACAUCUAACACUUCAUAAGAAUAUUGUGUGCAUGCCUGUUUAGCAUCUCUAUGCUUUUUAAAGUUAAGAAUUAGAGAUGUAUAUAUUCACUUGCCUUUGUGCUGCUACACAAUUAUUGAGAAGAGCUAAUUUUCUACAUCAAUCACUGAGCAGAUGGAGAUGAACAGAUUGUUAAGGCUGCUAGCACGUAGAGUGUUCAUUUGGAAACAUAUUUGGUUGGAAACAGUGAACUAUUGUUGAAUUUUGGCUGCUCCUCAAACUUUGAAAGGCAGUAUCAGGCAGGGGUAAGAAGCCAUGCUGAUCACAGUAGUUUAUUAACACUGAAUAUGAUGAAGCAUACAGCGCAAUGAAAACGUGGGAGUCAGAUAUAACUAUUGAGAAACAGGGUAAAGCAGUAAGUCUGCCUUUGGCAAGCUCUUACAUGUUAUUGAUAUCUGCGUUUGAUAGUUUUGAUGUCUUGACAGCACUAGUUUAAACAUUUGUUUCGCAGUCACACUGACUAAUUUAAAAGCUUUAUUUGAGUUAGUUUGUGGGAUUCAGCUUCCAGGUUUUUUUUUUGGUCCAAAGUUAUCCCAACCAUACUCAAGUUUUGAACAAAAACUGAAAAUUUAAGCUAGAAAAAAAAAGACUUAAAAAAAAAAAAAGUUAUCAUGAACACUGAUUUUAAGAUCUGAUCUCAGCUGGAUGACCUAAAUCCAAUCAGAUCACUUCUGAAAACUGGGCCCUGGAAGACCUGCAGGAUUAUUUUUAGUCAAGAAUGUUCAAAAAAAAAUAAAAAUAAAAUACUCACUUUCUUCUCUUACUCUCUAACUAAGAUAUAAAACUAAACAGUUGAGGAUCAGUAGUUGACACAUGGACAAAAUCAACCUGUAAACAUUUCUUUGCUGGUUUAAAGCGAUGGUCCACUUUUGAUGGGGCAGAGGAGGACUGAUGAAGGGUCUUAAACCGAAUCAUCCCCUCAGUACACGGUCCGAUAGUACGCAGCCACGUCUUGCUGGACCUCCUUGACUUGUUUCAGAAGGAUGAUGGUGCAGAUAAGAGCGACGACCUGUCAAGCAAACAAAGGGAGGAAGGGACAGAGAGCUGAAGAGCCUGAUGACCUGCUCAUCAUCACCAUGAGGACUGAACCAGCCACUGAGUGAGAAAAAGCUCCUACUAUUAAUCUACAUGCAGAAGUAUCAACAGAAACUAAAAAAAGGCAAUCUUUUUUGAUUGAAAAUGGAAAAACCCAACCUUGGAUCAGAGUUUUUAAAAAACAUGUCAUUGCUGAUAGAAAAUAUGACCUAAACUUGCAAGUAUUUUGGGAGAUUAAAGGCUCCAUUAACUCUGGAAUUAAUAUGAAUCCUGGCUAAUCCAACCCAAGUACAGCUGCCUGUACUUGAGAAGACUUGAGAAGAAGGACAGAUCUGGAGUCAGUUUUUAUGGUGGUGCUCAACAGACAUAGACACACAGUAAAGACAAAGAGUGCUCAGUGAGAAAAUAUAGAUUGUACGACACAAAUAAGGUUAGUAUCUGAUUGUCUCAGUGGUUAGUUCUCAAGAACUCAAACAUGUCUACACGAAGAUGUCAAAUGAAGAAGCUAUUGGACUAUAAUUUCUUAUUUUCUGUUGUAAUCCCUUCACUUCAACAGGUUUUAGUAAACCUGGGCCCCUUUUCACGUAUUAUAUCAGGCAAUACAACUACUCUACACAGAUACCAGAUACUAAACUGCUAAUUUUGCAGUCAUGAUUUCCCCCCUCCAGGUUGGAUUUUCCCCUUUAAAGGAAGCAGAAAAUGCCCUGCAGUGGCUGUGUACAGGAACUGAACAGUUAAAAACAGAAGCUGCCUCUUCUCUACAGCAUUGUGGUUAAAACAAGACAGGCUGAAAGAGAGAGUGUAAAACUGACGAGCACUUUAAGCCUCAGGCAGAGGGAUGUUUGCAGCAGUGAGAGGGGUGAAGACGACAGGGUUGGGGUCAGGGUGGGGGUAUAAGGUGUAGAUAAAGUCAGGUUGUGAGGGUGGAGGGUUAGCCAGCACAGGAGUGGACUGAGUCAGGAUGAUGUACUGAGCAACAGCAGCAGACUGUUUGAGCUUUGAACUGAGGGUAAGGCUGCAAAUCAGAGCGAUGAACUACGGGACGAAGAGGAAUAGAAAGAAGACAAAGAAAUAUGACAAUGAAGAAGGGGAGGGGGGUUAAGAGAGACAGAGGGAAACACAGGGGUAAAAACAUGACAUUAGACACAACAAAAGCAAAAGACUGACAUAAAACUUUAAAUAGAAACUGAGCCGUAUUAAACACAAGAGUCCCUCUUAGUGGUCACUGUGGCUGCAAAUUAGACACAGCUUUUCAGUUGAACCAUAAUGUAAGAUAUAGGGGAUGCACAAAAUAUCGUGGCCCUGAAUGUCAAUGGCACAAAUAAUUUAGGAGGCAAUAAAUACACAUUUCAUAAAGCACGAAAAAAAAUUCAUUGAGUCGUGAAAAAAAUCAUAAGCAUCUAACAAAAGAUGAAAAUGUUUCUUUCCAACACAAAACAUGUUUUAAGGGAUAUUCCGGCGUCAAAUUAAUCUAGGUUCAAACACACUGUAACAUCGAGUUAGAUACCCCCUCGAGAGAUGACUGUUGUUUACCGCUUGCUUCUCUAGUUAUACCAACUUUAGUAAUGACCGCACGAUAGCAAUACACAGCGGUCUAUCACUCUAUAGCAACAAAUAAUGCUUAGAACAGCACCUAACUUCAUCAACAGUACAUACAGGGUCCCAGCCAUAGUACUAGCAACUAAACCCCUUUUUUCAUUUGCUGAAUUUCUUUAGCAAAGAGACAAAACACAACUCACCCACUUUCCUCCAGCAGCCGCUUGUUUGUAGCGAGACCUCAGGCCAAUUCAUUAUGGACUACAGCGGGGUGAAGCAGCUCAAGGAAGAACAUUUAUGAUUAUUUCUUAAUGGAAAUGCAAUCAGUCCGAGACGCUAAGGCAGAAGAACUAUGGCAUCUGCAGUGCAAAAUGAUUAAUGUGGUGACUAUUACUUAAAGGAAAUGAUAAAGUAAUGAUCAUAAAUGUUCUUCCUUGAGCUGCGUCACCCUGCUGUAGUCCAUAAUGAACUGGCCUGAGGUCUCGCUACAAACAAGCGGCUGCUGGAAGAAAGUGGGUGAGUUGUGUUUAUUCUCUUUGCUAAAGAAAUGAGACAAAGUUAAAAAAAAUGUUUGGUGGCUAGUACUAUGGCUAGGACCCUAUAUGUACUGUUGAAGUUAGGUGCUAAUCUGAGCAUUAUUUGUGGUUAUAGAGUGGCUUUUUGGUUGAGGUUUGUUGAUGGCUCCUCAGACCGCUGUGUAUUGCUAUCGUGCGGUCGUUACUGAAGUUGGUAUAACUAGAGAAGCAAACAGUCAGCAACAUUCAUCUCCCAAGGGGGUGUCCAACUCGGUGUUACGAUGUGUUUGACCCUAGAUUAAUUUGACGCCGGAAUAUCCCUUUUAAGAGAACAAAUUCUAAAAAUAAAAAAUGUUUUUUGAAAACAAACCAUUUCAUCUUAACUGAAAGUCACUUUGCAUUUACUAAUCUGAUGUGGGUAGGAAACUACAGUCAGCUGACAAGUCUGUAGCAUGUACGUACAUCAGAAAAAGCAGCAGUGAGACACUUCCUCAAGAGAGUGAAGAAACAUAACGCUCGAGUUCAACUGAGGCUGUGUGGAGCAUCAGUGUGGUUCAGGUUAUUGCCAAACAACAGAAAGUGGCUCUCUCUAGCUGUUCUAGACAGCAAACCUCAUUGUACUGUUAUCAAGAACUGUAAUCUUUUCAUCUAUGAAGGCAAACAGUCAGAGCUGCGCCGACUAAAGCAGCAGCUCACAAUCAAAAUGCUGAAAUGGACUAUAUGCAAAAAUAUUUUCCUACCAAAAGAGCUCCAGUUCCAAUGAGGAUCCCCAUCACCAGCGGUGCUCUGCUGUCAAAGGUGGACAUGAUGAUCCCAGGACAGCUCUGCAGGAUGACACAGACAUAGCAAACCUUUAACACCCUCUUUCCUGGAGAGUCCAGAGUCGCUCAGUUUUACUACCUUUGAAAUUAAAUCACGUUUCAACUUACAGGCAUGACAAUGUGUUCGAAAAUCCCUUGUGGUUUGGGACACGUCUCUGCAGCAAUCUCCACCAGCGGGACCCCUGUCAACCCACAGCAGUGCAGCUGAAAAAUGAUCAGAGAUUAAAGGAAUAGUUUAGGAAAUUUAGGGGCCGUAUGAAAUCCUCUGUUUUAAACGUUUUUUUGUUCAUGCACUGUAAGUCCUCAAAUAAAGACCAGUAUUCAAUCCAUGACCUGGCCUCUUUAGCCAAAAACCCACAUGAUAAAUACGUCACAUUUUGUCAGCUGUUGUGUGCCAGUUCUAGUCAAUGGUUUUGCCACAGAUAAAGAUAGGUGCCCAGUCUAUUUUCAAUGGAGUCUGUUCCCAGAACGCAUCAAUCUGAACAGAGAAGAUCAACCUAGACAGGCCAUCUGGUUAAGUCCAAAAUAAAACACCAUAUGCAGACUCCUGACAGUGUAUCAGAUUACAUAGAUGUAAAAUACUGAUUGGUGAUGGAAUUGUUAACUCAAAAUAACCUCAUGGCGUAUCUGUGAUCUAUGGCAACAGUGUGACAGGACUAUUAUUACCUGCAAACUUUGUCUGCAGGUAAUAGCACAAUAAAAGUGGAACAUAAAUUAACAAUUACACAAUAAAGCAACCCUUCUUGAAAAUAAAUGAAUAAAUAACCCGUUGUGCAUAAUGGCACAGUCUGUAUGUGGGGGUUUGGCCACAGUCAGCCUUGGCCUGAUUUAACUCUGAGUACGCCCACAGGUUGGUAAAAAUGUCCCUUUAUUUGUGCUAAUAUGUAUUUCACAGUAAGGCUUGUUUGCUCAGAUAGAGAGGCAUAUGUUGCUCCAAGUGAAAUCAUACAUAGUGGAUCAUUUAAAUAUGUGCAAAAGUGAGUGACACGCAGUGAUGCUAUGUACUCAACAGUUCAGUUUAUGGACAUUUAACCACUUUUUGCUUAGUAAGAAAAAAAAAGUGUUUUACACUUUGGUUUAAUCCUUACUUCGCUUUAAAAUAUAAGCAAUUGAAAUUCUUAGAUGGACAGCAUCUUGCGUUCCAUUCAAACUCCUCUUGAAAGUUUAAAAAAGCCCAAAAUUUAGGAUAAAAUUAAAGUUUUUUAACACUGAAAAAUCUUGAUUGUAAAUUUCCUUCUGUACUAAAAGUAUCCACAAUUCAAAACAGUUUUGCACAAAGAUUUUCUCUUACGAUCAAGUUAAAAGUAGUAAAAAGUGUUUGUACUUACCAUCAUGUGAAUGAAUGUGAGAGUGACACGAACGACUGGGUCUCCAUUACUGACAUACAGAGCGUACAUGCUGCUGUAGAAGUCAGCAAUAUGCAGCCCAACCUGAACAGAAAUAAAAACAGAAACAUGCUCCUUAGUGUGGGUGUUUCUCUUUGGUUAAAGUCUUUAUCCUUUUUUCUUCUCUCACCUCAUCCUUUUUGGAGUAUGUGAUUACUCCAACAGCAACUGCAGCACCGGCCAGAAGAGCCAGAAGAACGGAGAACUGAGAGAAAAACAAGAACAAAACAAACAAACAUGUUUUAUCACCCUGAUUUAGUGCUUUAUUUACGUAUCACAGAGGCUCUUUCAUUAUUUCCACCAUAAUUCAAUCACUGUUGUUCUCUGUGAUCGACAUAGCAGCUUUGGGUUGAAAACAUGGCUGUAGACCUGUAGACCUGUUUUUACUAGCUUAUGUGCCUUUUAAUACUAUAAAGAGUAGACCUGCAGGACAUUGAAGAAAACUUAUACUGUCAUUGUCUUUUUUUUGUGAUACAGGAGAGGGGCCACAUCCACGCCUUGCUGUUGGGGAAGAUAAGGAAGGUGCGCUUCAUUCAACAUACAGAAUGUAACAAAAGCAACACAGGUGACAUUACAUCCUUCAGUCGUGAUUAUCAUAUUUUGA